UGGUCGAAAAUAGAGCCAAAAUCGUAGAGAUGAUGAGACAAAGAAGUAGCAGCCUCACAAAACCCCUCAUAAACCUCUUCCGCUUCAUAACAACCGAAUCAACUCAGACGCAACUCGCCACCCCAUCCCCAUCCCCAUCCCCAUCCCCAGUGAACCCAGCCCACCUCCUCCGAGUCUGCACCAUCCUCUACCAGCAACAGAACUCGCCCGAGUCACGUCUCCACUCAAACCUCAACUCGUCCAACUUCCAACUCACCCAUGAGUUCUUCCUCCAGGUCUGCAACAGUUUCCCUCUUUCAUGGCGGCCCGUCUAUCUCUUCUUCUUCUACACCCAAACCCACCCAAAUUUCACUCACACCACCGUCUCGUUCAACAAAAUGGUUGACGUCAUCGGCAAGGCCAGGAACAUCCAGCUCCUCUGGGACAUGCUCCAUGAAAUGGGACGACGCCGUUUGGUGAAUGAUAAGACUUUUCUUACUGCUUUAAAGACCUUGGCCAAGGCCAGGGAGUUGAACAAGUGUGUUGAAUUUUUUCAUGUCAUGAAUGGGUAUGGGUUUGAUUAUAGUUUGGAGACUUUGAAUAAGGUGGUUGAGAGUCUUUGUGGGUCUAAGCUUGUUGUUGAGGCCAAAUUCAUAGUUUUUAAGUUGAAGGAGUCGAUUGGGCCUAAUGGGGUUACGUACAGGUGUUUGAUUGAAGGGUUUUGUGAUGUGGGUGAUUUGAUUGAGGCUUCGAAGAUUUGGAAUUUGAUGGUGGAUGAAGGGUUUGACCCGGAUAUUGAUGCCAUUGAGAAAAUGAUGGAGACCCUUUUCAAGACGAAUCGAUACGGUGAGGCAUUGAAGGUUUUUCAGAUGAUGAGGGUGAAUAGGAUGGAUGAUUUGGGUCUUUCAACUUAUGGGCUUGUGAUUGAGUGGAUGUGUAAAAGGGGAAAGAUUGAGGAAGCUCAUGUGGUGUUCGAGGAAAUGCAAAAGAGAAGGAUCGAAGCAGAUAAUUCCACAUUGGCUUCACUGGUUUAUGGCCUUUUAGCAAGAGGUAGAGUUCGAGUGGCAUAUAAGAUUGUGGAAGGGAUUGAAAAACCGGAUAUUAACGUGUUCCAUGGGAUGAUCAAGGGCCUUUUAAGGUUAAGAAAAUUGCGUGAAGCAACAGAAGUGUUUAGGGAGAUGAUUAAAAAGGGGUGUGAGCCUAACAUGCACACUUAUAUCAUGCUAUUGCAAGGACAUUUGGGAAAGAGAGGAAGGAAGGGAUCGGAUCCUCUUGUGAAUUUUGAUACCAUUUUUGUUGGUGGUCUGGUUAAGGCAGGGAAGUCACUAGAAGCCACCAAGUAUGUGGAGAGAGUGGUCAAAAGAGGACUUGAGGUGCCUAGAUUUGAUUAUAAUAAGUUUUUGCAUUACUACUCAAAUGAGGAAGGGGUGGGGAUGUUUGAGGAGGUGGGGAAAAAACUGAGGGAGGUCGGGUUGGUUGAUUUGGCGGAUAUUUUUCAGAGAUACGGGGAGAAAAUGGCCACAAGAGAUAGAAGAAGAAAUAGAGCAGUAGAGCCAUGAAGAGAGCCGAAUGUGCUCUUUAAUUUACUGAUAUAUGAGAUCAGGUUGUGGUGUGUUUGAAUUGAUGAUUUCGAAUGACAUACUUUAUAUUGACCUUGCCCCUCUUUAAUUUACCUUCGGCCACCGUAGUCUGUACCACGAAAUUGAUUGAUGUCAUUAUGAUUAGUUCCAGGUUAUCUUGGGUUUUUCUAAUUUAGUUUGAAUGAAGUACUCUUGUCUUAGAAAUCUCUGGAUGGAGAGAGAGAGAGAGAGAGAGAGAGUUGACAUUAUCUAACUUCAAGUUCAUUAAGAACUGCCUAGCAUCAGUUGAUAGACAAACAACCAUGGCUGAUAUUUCUGGCACAUCAGGUACUCGGUUAUUCUUCUGCGAGCUUUAAUGUGGCUGAAGGUUCAUUUGAGGAGCCAAUGGGGAGGGAGAGCCUUAAGAAACUAUGGCAGAAGUACAAGGUUGAUAUUGCAGUAUAUGGUUAUGUGCACAGUUAUGAAAGGACGUGUCCCAUUUUCCAGAAUAUUUGCACCAAUAAGGAGAAGCACCAUUAUCAAUUGGCAUGGCUUUCAGUUCACCAUCGUGUUCUGUUUCAUUGGAACUACUUUGGGUGCUGGGAAUGUAGAGGUUCAUUGGAUGUUGUGUACAUGACCAUGCUUGGCUCCAGAGGCGGCCCAUGGGGUGUGCGAGGUGUGCGACCGCACAGGGCCCCCAAAAUUUAAGGGCCCCAAAUUUUUCCGAGUCAACGCAUUCAAUUAAUUAAAACAUGAAAAUAAAAAUAAAAUAUUAAAUAUCACCCCACAACGCCACAUGCAAGGCCCCAAAACCAAAACCAAAAUUGAAUUGAAUAUUAAUUAUCAACAACCUCCACAACUUAGAGAGUAGAGACCCUAAUUUAAUUCGUUUUCCUCUUCCCAACUCUCACGCUGCAACUCUUCUUUUUAUUUAUUUAUUAUGGUUUGAAACCUGUGUUUUCCUCUUCCCAACUCUUGCGCUGCAAAACCAUUAUAAUAUUCUUUUCUCUUUUAGUGAGUCUCUCUCUCUCCUCCGUCAAAAUAAAUCAUCCCUUUCUCUUCAGUACCAGUGUACCACCCUCUUCCAUCAAAUUUUGGAUUGUAAAAACCCAAGCUUUAGCCCUUUCCCCAAAAUCACAGUUCUUUUCUCCCU